AACAUUUUCAGAAGAAAAAGAAAAACAAAAGAAGAGAAGAAACCUUUGAACUCUCUGCCGUGAGUCUCACCAGAAACACAGGCCAGUACAAUCUCGUUGUAGUCACAAACACUGAAACAUAUAUUAUAUACAUAUAUAUAUAUAUAUAUAUACACACACAGAAGCUGGUUUUCAUUUCUAUGGCUUGUACUGAGCAAGGUGACAGAUGCUCCUCCAUCAUCACCAUACCCCUUUUGGAAGAUGAAAGAGUGCACCGAGUGAAUGGCUCAGAUGAGGUGUUGGAUGCCAAAGCUUGGGAUCUGCACACAUCUCAUGAGGGUAACACCUCCUUUUUCAAGACCUGCUUCAAUCUCAUUAAUGCCCUCUCAGGAGUUGGUAUUAUCUCGAUGCCUUAUGCUCUGGCAUCUGGUGGAUGGUUAAGCAUAUCACUACUAUUUGUGAUAGCCAUUGCUUGUUGUUACACUGGGAUGUUGGUGAAAAGAUGCAUGGACAUGGAUCCUGAUAUCAGAACCUUCCCUGACAUAGGUCAACGUGCAUUUGGAUACAAGGGGAGGCUAAUGGUAUCGAUCGCCAUGAAUUCUGAGCUCUAUCUUGUUGUAACAGGCUUUCUGAUUUUAGAGGGUGACAAUCUUGACAAACUAGUACCAAAUAUCCAAGUUAACCUUGCAGGGGUUACAAUUGGUGGUGCAACAAUUUUUACCAUAGUUGCUGCCCUUGUUAUUCUUCCCAGUCUUCUGUUAGAGGAUUUGAGUAUGCUGUCUUAUGUGUCUGCAAGUGGGGCUUUGGCUUCUUCCAUCUUCCUCCUCUCUCUGUUUUGGAAUGGUACCAUUGAUGGCACUGGAUUUCAUGCAAAGGGAAAACUCUUCAGAUUCACUGGAAUACCUGCUGCUGCCAGUUUAUAUGCCUUCUGUUACAGUGCACAUCCUAUUCUUCCUACUCUCUACAAUUCCAUGAGAGACAAAACUCAGUUCUCCAGGGUUCUGUCUACGUGCUUUUCAGUAUGCACUCUUGGUUAUGCAGCAGCAGGUGUUUUGGGGUACCUAAUGUUUGGAGAAGAGGUUGAAUCACAGGUGACAUUGAACCUACCAACAAGCAAGUUCAGUUCACAUGUGGCAAUAUUCACGACCUUGGUAAAUCCUAUAACGAAGUAUGCAUUGAUGCUUACCCCAGUAAUAAAUGCAGUGAAAAACAAGAUUUCAUGGCACUACAACAAAAGAUUGACACACACACUGGUUAGCACCUCCAUUCUCGUAAGCUCUCUAAUUGUAGCUGUGGCCAUACCCUUGUUUGGAUAUCUGAUGUCACUGAUUGGGGCAUUGCUGAGUGUGUCAGCUUCAAUUUUAGUACCAUCAGUGUGCUACUUGAAGAUUUCAGGAGCAUACAAGACAUUUGGGUCUGAAAUGAUCAUCAACUAUUCAAUAAUAGUAUUGGGGGUUACUAUUGCUGUUGUGGGUACUUAUACAUCUCUUGUAGAUAUAGCUCAUAACUUGUAAGUGUUAAUGGAUUCGAUGCUUCGUUUUCCAAGCUGCUUUUGUCAAUACUUAGAAAACUUGUAUGGACAUUUUUGAGGCAUCUUCUUGUCAUUUCAACAUGUUUCAGAGAUUAUUUUGUAGUA